CACCGGCGGAUCGAAAUCGGAGCAUUCCUUCCCCCAUUAAUUCCCCACCCCCAAUCUCCGCCGCCGCCCCGCCUCCAGCCUCCCGCCCGCCGUCUCCGCCGCCGCCCCGGCUCCAGCCUCCCGCCCGCCGUCUCCGCCGCGUGGGCCGACCGCCCCGCCUCGCCGGAGUCCCGAGCCAUGCCGGCGGCGGGGAUGGACAAGGUGGUAGCGACGGUGAGCGGCUACCACGGCGACGAGCGGCACAGGCUGGUGAAGCUCAUCUCGGAGGCCGGCGCCAGCUACGUCGGCGCCAUGAGCAGAUCCAUAACCCACCUGGUUUGCUGGAGGCUCGAGGGGAAGAAGUACGACAUCGCGAGGCGGCUCCGGGUCCGCAUCGUCAGCCACCGCUGGUUCCUCCACUGCCUCCAGCAGGGGACGCGCCUCCCCGAGGCCCCCUACGCCAUGGAAAGUGGUGAAGAAGCCGGGCCAGUCCCACAGCUGUCUGAUUUGCCAGGCAGGCGGUCCAAGAGAAAUGCAUCCAGGGAGGAUCCAUGCGUGAAAGAGUUACCUUCGGAUUUAUGCAAUACUUCAUAUGCCAGCGAUGUGGUCAAGAUUGAUGAUUCAGAUUCUGAUUCUGAGCAUCGGGGAUGGUUGGAGUCAUCCCUAUUAAAAGAGAAUUUAGCCGUUGCCGGGAAUUCGAAGAAUAUUUGUUCAGGCGAUGUUAAAGGAGGAAAAAAACAUUUGAAGCGUGAGCGGAAGUCAACUGAUAAAGAUUUCCUACGUCUGCGAGACAAUGCUUCAAGGUUCAGGGAGGAUCCUUGCUUGAAAGAGUUACCUUCUAAUUUAUGUAGUACUUCAAAUGCCAGGGAUGUGCUCAAGAUUGAUGAUUCAGAUUCUGAUUUUGAGUAUCAGGGCUGGUUGGAUUCAUACCUAUUAAAAGAAAAUUUAGUCGUUGCCGGGAGUUCGAAGAAGAUUCAUUCAGGAGAUGUUAAAGGAGGAAAAAAACGUUUAAAACGUGAACAAAAGUCAACUGAUAAAGAUAUCCUACAUCUGCGAGACAAUGCUUCAAGUUUGAUGAUAAGAGAAGGCCUUCACAAGUCAAGUUCUACUUCAUCCCGGAGCACAUCGAAGCAGAAGGGAAACUUGUCAGGUCUCCUGCGUAACGAGGUUGUUGGUCAGAUGGGCGAAAGAAAUGAUCCUAUGAGAAAGGGAUCACGAAGCAAGCAUGCACGCUCUCUUUUGGAAUUAUCCGAUGAUGGUUUGUCAGAUAGUUUUGAGGAACUACAAAUGUUUGAUACUCUGACUACAGAAGCUCGGAGAGAAAAAAGGAGCACAAAUGCACCAUCAUUUCGGCAAUCUACAUUGGAAAGUGCAUACGAUUAUUGUGAAACUAGUAUGCAUGAUUACGAAUUGGAGAAGUGGGAAGAGCAUGAAAAUAUUGAAUUUGGUGAAAGGUCAAGAAGCUUGCAACCAUGUGAUUUGUUGGGGCAUGAACCAUCUUUCUGUACUCAAGAGAAAAUAGAUCAAAGUGAUCUUCGCAUCACAGCUGGUGAUGACAAGGGAGAUGAUGAUAAGCCCGCCAUGGAAGAACCAUCCAGCAUGCAAAGACAAGCAGAACUUUCAUGUGUCAUUUGCUGGACUGAUUUUUCUUCCUCAAGGGGCAUCUUACCAUGUGGACAUAGGUUCUGUUUUUCAUGCAUUCAAGGAUGGGCGGAUUGUCUGUCUUCUAGGGGAAAGGUCUCGACGUGCCCGCUUUGCAAAGCCAGUUUCUCCUGGAUCAGCAAGGUGGAUGAGGCCGGCACUUCAGAUCAGAAGAUAUACUCGCAGACCCCCGUUCCUUGUGGAGCUUCAACCGACAUCUUCAUGUUCACGGAUGAAGGCCACGACCUUCCUGGACCAUCGUCCGCCCAAGGGGCCUGCUACAUGUGCCACAGCCGUGAGCCCGAGGAGCUUAUUCUGAGCUGCCACGUCUGCCGAUCGCAGUGGGUGCACUCGUACUGCCUCGAUCCUCCACUGACCCCAUGGACGUGCAUACACUGCCGAGAUCUGCGAAGGAUGUAUCAGCGCUACCGCUAGUCCGAAUCCCGGAAGUUCAUUGGCGUCUUGGACUCUUGAUUCUUGGCGUCUUGGAGAUUCUCAGGGCAGAUACAAUGCAAGGCAUGUUGACAGCUGAUGAUUAGUUAAUUCCUCAAGAUUGAAGGACAGAGCAAGAAGCAGAGAGACAGGAAAAGGGGCGGCGUCAGGCUGCGACGCUCUUUGAGUUUGCCGCAUCUUACGUUUAUCUUUUUUGCGUAUACAUGGGUUCUCGAGGGUCAACAUCUUGUUGAUCUGGACAUGGUGCAAAUGCAUAUGGCGCUUUCUUUUCUAAUUCAGGCAAUGAACAGAAGAAGUUUUGUACUGGUAGUACCGCGUGCGUCCAGUUGUCUUCAAAUUAAUUUUACCGGUCAUUUUCCUCGAUAAUUGAACUGCAAAAACUUCUUAUAUUAGAGUACAAGAGGGGGUAUUAGACUUU